CUUUCAACUAAACCUAACCACAAACCUUAUCUAGCCGAGGAGGUUGGUCAGAGAAGAGUUUUAGAUGCUUCAUCUUCAGGAUGGAACUCAUUAUUUCCAAACUCGUGCGAGUUAAAUGGCUGUUGCGUCUUCUCCAGUGAUCUCUCUGGCUAGGAAGAGAUACAGUAGGACUGUUUGAAAAUGGAUAUUCUCACACAUUCUUCUUCAGAUAGAGAAGCCAGCAGUCACUGACAUAAGAACUUGAAGUUCCUUCCUCUUUUUUUAUGUAUUAAGAACAGGAAUAAAGAAAUGAAGAAGGUUCUCAGGACAGAGCUCUGAAUCACAAUGUACUGCACUCUGGCGACAGAACAAAUUCACUAAAGUGAUGACAGGACCCAGGGAGAACAAUGCUUUAUUUGAGCUGGAUAUUUCUUUGGCUUGUCACAGGAGUGAAAAUUAAAGGAUUUAAUAUUUCAGAUUGCUCCACCAAAAAAAUUCUUUGGAUGUAUUCUGUGAAGAGUGAGGAGGAGUUUUUCUUAUUUUGUGAUUUACCAGAGCCACAGAAAUCCCAUUUCUACCACAGAAGUCAACUUUCACCAACACAAGGCCCUGGACACCUGCCCUGCAGUGGUAUUAAGGACCUAUCCGAUGUCCAAUGGUACCUACAACCUCAAAAUGGAGGUCUACUAGAGGAAAUUACUGAAAACUAUCCUCACAUCAUCCAGGACAAGAGCACCCUACGUUUUUUGACCGCAGGGAUGAAUAAUGCUGGGUCAUAUAUUUGUAGACCCAGGAUUAGGAGCCCCCAGGAUGAGGCCUGUUGUGUCAAGACGAUAUUAGAAGUUAAGCCCAAGACAAACACGUCCUGUGUGAGCUCUGUUUCACAUAAGCAAUACCUUCUUCUUGGUAGCACUGACUCUAUUUAUUGCCCCAGUCUCAGCUGCCAAAGUGAUGCACAAAGUCCAGAGGUCACCUGGUACCAGAAUGGAAAACUACUCUCUGAGAAAAGGAGCAACCCAAUCCUAGUGGAUGAAAUUUACGACUAUCACCAGGGCACAUACGUCUGUGAUUACACUCAGUGGGAUAACGCAAGUUCCUGGACAGUCAGAGCUGUUGUUCAAGUGAAAACCAUCGUGAAAGACACUAAUCUCAAACCAGAUAUUCUGGAUCCCGUCAAGGACACACUGGAAGUAGAACUUGGAAAGCCUCUGACUCUUAACUGCACGGCACGAUUUGGCUUUGAAAAGGACUUUAAAUCUGUGAUAAGAUGGUACGUCAAAGAUUCUGACCAGGAGUGGGAAGUCCCAACACCUGAGGGGAAAAGUGUUAAAUCCACCUUAAAGGAUGAAGUCAUUGAGCGUGUUGUCCUCUUGAAAGAAGUUACUCAGAGUGAUCUUCGCAGGAAGUUCAUUUGCUUUGCCCAGAACUCCGUCGGGAACACUACCCAGUCCGUCCAACUGAAAGAAAAGAAAGGAGUGGUGUUCCUGUACAUCCUACUCUUCACGGUCAUGAUGCUGGCAGGUGUGCUGGCGGCAGGGGCUCUCCUCUACACCUACUGGAUUGAAAUCGUGCUGCUCUACCGAACCUACCAGAGCAAGGAUGAGACACUUGGAGAUAACAAGGAAUUCGAUGCUUUCGUAUCCUACGCGAGAUGGAGGUCUUUUGAGAGUGAGGCCACUUCAUCUCUAAGUGAGGAAAACUUGGCCCUGAAUCUCUUCCCUGAAGUUUUGGAAAACAAAUAUGGAUACACCUUGUGUUUGUUUGAAAGAGAUGUGGCCCCCGGAGGAGUGUAUGCAGAAGACGUUGUGAGCGUUGUUCAGAGAAGCAGAAGAGGAAUAUUUAUCUUGAGCCCCAGCUACAUCAAUGGACCCAGUGUCUUUGAACUACAAGCAGCAGUGAAUCUUGCCUUGGAUGAUCAAACACUGAAACUAAUUUUAAUUAAGUUCUGUUCCUUCCAGGAGCCAGAGUCUCUACCUCAUCUUGUGAAAAAAGCUCUUCGGGUUUUGCCCACAGUCACUUGGAGAGGCUUAAAAUCAGUUCCUCCCAAUUCCAGGUUCUGGACUCAAAUGCGCUACCACAUGCCUGUGAAAAACUCUAAAGGAUUCAUGUGGAACCAUUUCAGAAUUAUCCCAAGAAUUUUUUCACUGGAAAAGACUAGUAAAACAGAAACCACUGGGAGGAGCUCCCAGCCUAGGGAAGGGUGAAAUGGGCCCUGAACCACCUCCCCUCCAGUCCUUGGCAAGUAGAGAUGUUGAUGGAAGAACGCACAGCAUGGGUUGGGCUGAUGUAAAAUGGAAAGAGUUCUGCCAGCCCUGAGCAAGUUUGACAGGUACUGGAAUGACACUGAAGCUGUGGUUAGAGCCUCUGAUUUCCUGGACUGGACAGAGGGAGAGUGAAUUCUCCAGAUGCUUCACACAUUCAGCACAUAAUGCCUCUAAGAUUUUCCUAGUGGUCUAAGCAGAAUCAGCAGAUACAGCCAUGUUUGCUUUGUAACUAUGGACCAUCCUGUCUACUCUGUAUUGUACGUAUAAAUUUAUAUACAUUUGCAAUCAAAUAAAUAUUAUUUUAUUA